AUGGCUGCAACUCGUGGACAGCCCCUCUCCAUCGAGAGUCUGCUACAGAAGCAGAAGGAAGAGAAAGAGGCCUCGUCAAAGCCUCGGUUCCUGACUAAAGAGCAGCGGGCGCAGCUUGCAAUCCAAAAGCGAGCGCAAGAACUCAAAGAAGAGCGUGAGAAGGGCGAACAAGCGCGGCGCGACCGCGACCGCCUUGAGCGGGAGGCAGAAGAAAUCCGUGCGCGAGAGAGGGAGCGCGAUCGCACGAGCAGGUAUGGCAAUGGGGUUGGUCGGUACAGAGACAGAGACAGAGAUGGAGGCAGGUAUGGCCGGAGGGAUGGGAGGGAUCGAGACAGAGACCGUGAAAGGGACAGGCGACCGCACGACGACCGACAUUCCUAUGUGCCACCUAUGACCGAGACCGAUCUUACAGCCAUCCGCUCGCGCUAUCUUGGUGUUGACAAGAAGAAGCGCAAGAUCCGCAAGAUGAACGACCGCAAGUUUGUCUUCGACUGGGACGAACAGGACGACACGUACAAUGCGGAGGCACCUGCGACUGUCGGAAGUCAACGACAGGGCGCGCAGAUCAUGUUUGGGCGUGGACAUAUUGCCGGCAUGGACGAUGGUGGUGGGACCGUGCCUGUGGCUAAAAAGAACGGCGUCGAGCCAAUGCAGCUGGCGGACCCGCUCGAAAGGAGGAAGGCUGCGAGAUCUGGUUUGGACGAGCGUCAUUGGACGGAGAAGAAGCUGGAGGAGAUGAAGGAGCGAGACUGGCGCAUUUUCCGAGAAGACUUCAGCAUUGCUACAAGGGGCGGCACGAUUCCCCAUCCUCUGCGGUCAUGGGAGGAAUCUAUCAUACCCCGCGAGAUUUUGGAGAUCAUUGACAAGAUUGGCUACAAAGACCCAUCACCUAUUCAGCGACAAGCUAUCCCAAUUGGGCUGCAGAACCGAGACAUUAUCGGUAUCGCUGAAACCGGUUCCGGUAAGACGGCCGCCUUUGUGAUUCCAAUGCUUGCGUUCAUCUCCAAGUUGCCGCUCUUCACGGACGAUAACAGACAUCUGGGUCCUUAUGCUCUCAUUAUGGCUCCGACUCGUGAGCUGGCCCAGCAGAUUGAAUCGGAAACGAAGAAGUUUGCGGGACCCCUGGGGUUCACUUGCGUGUCCAUCGUCGGAGGGCGUUCGGUGGAAGAGCAACAAUUCAACCUGCGUUCCGGUGCGGAAAUCAUCAUUGCUACGCCCGGUCGUUUAAAAGAUGUCAUCGAGCGACAUGUCAUUGUCCUCUCCCAAUGUCGGUACAUCGUCAUGGACGAAGCUGACCGGAUGGUGAACCUUGGCUUUGAAGUCGACCUCACCUUCAUCCUCGAUAAACUACCUAAUGAUACUAUGGUCGGCGAAGAUCAAGGCGAACAAAUGGACAUAGACGGCGAGACGAUGAUUAAGAAGGGCCGAACGCGAGUGACGACCUUGUUCUCCGCUACCAUGCCGCCUCCUGUCGAGCGUCUUGCCAAGAAAUACCUCAGAAGGCCCGCUAUCAUCACUAUUGGUGAAGCUGGUAGGGCCGUCGAUACCGUCGACCAGAAGGUCGAAUUUGUCAACGGAGAUGAAAAGAAGAAGCAGCUACUACUCGAGAUCCUUAACAGCGGAAUGUAUGCUGCACCUAUCAUCGUCUUCGUCAAUCAGAAGAAGACUGCAGACAUGGUGGCCAAGGACCUCCAGCGUGCUGGCUGGAACGCCGCUACGUUGCACUCCGGCAAGAACCAAGAACAGCGAGAAGCCGCGCUGCAGGCUCUGCGUUCGGGCGACUCAGACAUUCUUGUCGCCACCGAUUUGGCCGGUCGUGGUAUUGAUGUACAGGACGUCACUUUGGUUAUCAACUUCCAGAUGGCAAACACCAUCGAGGCAUAUGUUCAUCGUAUCGGUCGUACGGGUCGUGCCGGCAAGCAAGGUACCGCAAUCACGUUCCUGACGAACGACGACGACGAAGUCAUGUACGAUCUCAAGCAAGAGAUCUCGAAGAGUCCGGUCUCAAAGGUACCUAUAGAGUUGGCAAAACACGAGGCAGCGCAGCACAAGGUCUCAAGGGAAAUGAAGAGGAAGCGAGACGCAGAAGACCAAGGUUAA